UGUGGUGCGGUAUUCUAUACCCCGAGUCAGAUAUUGGUUCGAGACACAUGAAGAGUACCUGAACUGUAGAUCAACAACUAUGCAGAUAGUGCGUGUGUUGCUGUUCGUAUUCCUGCUAUUUCUGAUCAGCGAUCUUCAUGCUGACGUGGGGAACGAUGUCCAGGAUGUGACAGAUGCAGUUAAGGCCGGGAUCGAGGCUACCAACGUGAUUACCGAUGUCAUCUCUGGCGUCAAGGUCCUUGCUAAAUUCACGAAAAUCAUGGGCGCUGUUGGUCCCUUCUUGGCAGCCGUCGGUCCACUCAUGGACCUCAUAACCAUGUUUCUUCCGCAACAAGAAGAUCCUACAUUAACGUUCUUGAAAGAGCAAUUUUCAAGGGUGGAUUCAAAUUUUAGAAAUAUGGAGAGGCUUUUCGGAGAAGUUUCAAAUCUAAUCAAAUCAAAGGGAGUGAAAUCACAGUUUUCGGCAAUUGAACAAAAUGUCAAUGCUUUGUCAUACCGCCUUCAUAUGCUGAUGAAAGCCCCGAAAGAUGCCGUCAAAGGUCAAAAGGCCCGAUUUAUCUCGUCUUUCAAGGUUAGUUAUCAAAACGCAGCGAAAAAAAUAUAUAACGGUGUAAUGACAAAGCAAUCUUUUACGGACAAUAUUCCAAUUGAAGCGAUGCAAUAUACAAAUUAUAAUCGAAAGAAGAUGCAAAAGGUGAUGGCUGGAUGUCUUGGACUUCUGAUUACUGCUGUUAAAGUCAACUUAGCCUACCUGAAAUUAACCAAUAGAACGGCCAGCUAUAAAAUGGAAAAGAGUGAAUGGGAGAAAAACAUCAAGAUAGUUCUAAAGAAAGUGAAAAGUGUGGAUAGGGAAGUCACUAAUGCAUGGGAAGAUCAAAAAUAUAAAGAUCUGAAAGACCUUUCUGCGCAAUACAAAGAUGAUGACAACAAAGAAUUUGCAGAUCGGUUGUACAGAUUUUAUUCAGAAAAAUAUUACUGGAGGGACUGGGUCGUCAUUGUAUACAACAAAAUGGCUAAAUCAUGGACUGGAAAGAAUGGGCAUGUCUUUAAGCUAUGUGGAGGAGACGAAUAUCUGGAAAAUGAGGGUAGAAAUGUUCUAACAUCGAGCGUACCAAAAGAGAAACAGAAGAUUAACGCUGCCGAAUACAAGAAGAAGUUGAGUAAAGUUACAACUGAAACACAGGUAGCGAUUCAUUAUGCCUGGGACGCAAGCGCGGUAUUGAAACAAAUCGCAAAGUUUAGCAGCGGUUCUGAUGUUUGCAUGCGAGCCGUCAUAUCUGAUCGAGAAAAGGUACAAACGCAAAGCGCUUCUGGUCGCUUAGCUGGCAAAUGGAAAUAUUUUUAUAACAUGUACAUUUUUGGCUAAUGAACUGCACUUUAGGAUUUCAUUGACGAGUACAUGUGCAAAUAAAAAGUUUUUUCAAUAUUUAAAAAUUUCAAA